AUGGCCAAGACCAAAUCGAUGAAGCGCAAGCGGAAUGCGCAACAUUCACUGCCGCAGAAACUCUCCAAGCCGACCACUCUGCCACCGACGCCCCCGCCCGAUGUGGCGACUCCCGACCCGCACCUGAACACCAUUGUAUCGGCCGAGGAGCUUGAGACGACCAUUGAGACCCUCAGUGCCCUCUCAGAGUACCCGGGCUUGACAAAAUCAAAGGGAUGUAAGGAUCUUCGAGCCGCAGUCUAUGAAUUUCGCCGGGCCUGCACAACGGGACUCGACAAUGCUGAGGGCGCAAACUUGACUGCGCGAAUCACCGGCGCCCUGGCCGAUGGGAAGUAUGUCGAUGCCAAGGUCUUACUUGCCGAGAUGAGGAUUCGAGGCGAGAAGCCCAAGAUCGGGGCCUUGUGUCGCUGGGUGCGCGAUCUGGAUGUUGUCAGCGGCCUCUCCACGCAGCCAGGGGCAAUCGAAGCCCUUCCAGAGCGCAGUGCAAAGGACCUCGAGCUCUUGAGCGUUCUGGAUGCGAUUCUGCGCAUUAGCACUCCCAUUGACACCAACCCUCUCGCCGUCACCUCGGCCUCCCCGAUCGCCUUCCAGUCCAUCUGGGACCUGCGCCCGUCCACACCUCCAUUACCCGUUUAUGCCUCAGUGCUAGACAAAUCCAUUCUGGACCUGGCGCCAAAGUCCUCUUCCGCGAUCGAGAUCCUCGAAACGACGCCCGGUCCGUUCCGCAAACCGCCAAACCACCACCCCGCCAUUCUGUACACCACCAGCCCAGGGGCGGUCCCCUUGGCAUCUGCCAUCCCAUCCAUCACAUACCAUCCGCAUCCCGCGGUCCCCGGCCUCGGCCUCGCAAUGAACGUUCUCUCUGCUACCGAGUGCCAGGCAAUCAUCGCCGCCGGUGAAUCCGUCAACUUCCUCCCCGACGCGCCCCUCCGCGAAGACGGAGACAUGAGCAUCCUCGCCCAUAACUUCUACUGGAUCAUCGACACAGCUUUCCACGAUACCCUCUGGGCCAGAAUCUCACCCUACGUUCCCCCCUCCGUCAACGGCCGGUCCGUCCGCGGCAUCAACCGCCGCUUCCGCGUUUACCGGUACGUCCCGGGGGCCGAAUACCGCUGCCACAUUGACGGAGCGUGGCCGCCAUCCGGAAUCAGUCCUGAGGGGAAAUACAUUUACGACGCCUCCCCGCCCGACAAGAAGCAGAGCUCGAUGUACACGUUUCUGUUGUAUCUCAACGACGAGUUUGAGGGCGGGGAGACAACGUUCUUCAUGCCGGCGGCGAAGGAGGGGACGCUGAAUGCGUAUCCUGUGCGGCCUGUGAUGGGCUCAGUUGCGAUCUUUCCACAUGGGGAGGCGAAUGGGGCGUUGUUGCAUGAGGGCACCGGGGUGAGGAAGGGGGCGAAAUAUAUUAUCCGGACUGAUGUUGAGUAUGAUGUUAAGCUACUGUGA